AUGUCCCCCCGUUCAUCAAUCCACGACCCGGGCGAUCCCAGUCAGCCGUUGCUCCCGCAACGGCGGCGAACCAGUACGAUGACCUUCCGGAUACCCUCACUGGGCAGCCAGCGUCGGGCCUCACUGCAGGAGGUACAUCCACACCACGACGAUAUCGAACCGGUGUUACCAGCUGCGCCCGUCGCCGCUCACCAAGAGACGCGCCUUCACAAGCCGCAGUGGGCGCUGAGCGAUAGGCCUCCCAACGCAUGGGCUCAGAUCCGCCAUAGCUGGCGUGAGGAGUUUGCUGAGUUCUGGGGAACCUUUAUGAUCCUACUUUUUGGUGCAGGUGUUGAGUGUGAGACACGUCUCAAUUACCGGUCGCCCGAUAUUAGAGACAACGCCGGCGACUUCUUGCAGUGCCGGUUGGCGUGGGCAGCCGGCGUGUCAAUGGCCGUUUGGAUGUCCGGCGGCGUAUCCGGUGGCCACUGCAACCCGACAGUAACAGUCGUGCUGGCUCUGUUCCGCGGGUUUCCCUGGCGCAAGGUCCCGGGCUUCCUGGCAGCUCAAGUUCUCGGCGCCACUCUCGCAAGUCUUGCCGUCUAUCUCAACUAUGCCACUAGCAUCGCUGCCUACGAAGGGGGUUCAUCUCGUACACUUAUUGGUGAACAUGCCACGGCUGGUCUCUUCUUCACAUUCCCAGCCCAAGGCCUGCCUUAUGUCUCUGCCUUUUACACCGAAUUUCUCGCCUCCGCAGUAUUGGUCGCCAUCGUCUUCGCCCUCGCUGACAAGAACAACCUGGCGCCGCCCAAAGGCACCCAGCCGUUCGCCAUGUUCCUAGCCCUGUUGGCCAUUGGCUCUGCUCUGGGCAUCAACACGGGCUACGCCAUGAACGGUGCCCGUGACACCGGCCCUCGAAUUGCACUGGCUCUUGUCGGUUAUGGCCGCGCCGUCUUUACGCAUGACUCCUUUUACUGGCUGUGGGCACCGUGGGCUGCUGCCAUUGCAGGCGGCAUACUGGGUGCCAGUGUAUAUGAUGCUUUCGUGUACACUGGGAGGGAUUCGCCCUUUAACAUUCCCCGCAAAGAUUAUGAUUAA